AUGGUUCUGCGCAGCUUCGACAGCCAUGGGCUGACGCAUUCAGGGCGGGCUCGCCCGGCAUCGAUGCAAAGACAGUUCGUGCUAAACCCCAUCACCGCACUUGAAUUUUUCACUUCUUCGCACGAUGGCCGCGUCUAUGUCCUCGCUGGUGAGGAUAACCGUCUGAAAAUCUACGACGUCGAGUCCUCCGCCUUGUGUGGCGAACUCGAGGUCUUUCCCGCCCAAUCCAUCCAUGGCAUCAGGGUGGCUGCAGGGGCUCCUGCCAGGCGACGGAUUCUCAUCUGGGGCGGUUAUUCGGUCACGGUAUUGCUCGCCGAAGCUGUCGAAAGCAGAAUCUCAGGAGACGUGGACUGCACUGCCCCCAAAUCAGCAGUCGUCGAGGCCAAAGCACCUGACUGGAUCUUUGAGGGGGCCCUGUCUCCCUAUGGCACGGACGACCUGGUCUUGCUCACGGCACACAACGAGCUUAUCGAGGCACGCUUCCAUGAAGAGCAGGGCUCUCUUGACUUCGCGGGCAUUCACUCUCCAUCUCGUCCGAUUCUCUACUCGGGCAACCUUCUGUGGGAGGCGCCGGAUAGCAUUCUCGUAGCUGCUGGGACGGUGUUUGGCGAGAUUGUGGUGUGGAAGUAUCACGCAGGAUCGACAGGGGAUGGGCCAGGCUGCGAGAUUCUCUUUGUCUUUUCAGGCCACGAAGGGUCCAUAUUUGGUGUCCACAUCUCGCCAAUAUUCCAGCUUGAGACGGGAGAAAGCUUGAGAUUACUAGCGAGUUGCAGCGAUGACAGGACGAUCCGCAUAUGGGACAUCACGGAUGCCCGCGAUCUGUCGCGGUCUACCCACGACGAGUACUCGAGAAAGAUCCUGGCCGCGCGGCAGACUGGGUUCGGGGACAGCAUCGACUCGACACUGCAGGAGAACACAUCCGCUAGAUGCUUAGCAGUCGCCAUGGGCCACAUAUCUCGGAUAUGGCAGGUUCAGUUCCGUAUAGAGAAGGAUUGCAAGGAAGCUUCCUCCAAUAUAGAGCUGUGGUCAUUUGGGGAGGACGCCACUGCUCAGAGGUGGUCUUUGUCCUUGGGGGCAACUCAGAGUCCUGCGAGCGAUGCAACAACGCACAAAAAGGCGAUGAAUGAAGUCCCAACGAGGACAGGGGGCCAGCUCAAGAACCAAGGCUCAUAUGCAAGUCACAGCGGGAAGAACCUAUGGUCACAUGCCAUCACACGUAACGACUCGAGGCAAUUACUGAUCCUCACUGGCGGAUCCGAUGGCAAUAUAUCUAUAAUUGGAAAUGGACAAAUGCCUUCUACAGAGAGGAUACUGGAUGAUAUUCCUCCCGCCCCAAUAGAAGCAAAACGGGAGCACGACGCAACACACCUGACGGGCCUCGCAAGUAUUGAAGAGAACAGCAAUACUCAAUCACCUAUACUGCAUGGCGAUGAUGCCGCUAUUGCUGAAGAUGAGAUACCACAAUCUAAGCCCAAGACGAAGACGAAGAAGCCAAAGGUGAAGAAGUUCAAGGACUUUUUCAACCGCUACGCUUUCCUAGCAGACGGUAGACUACUUGCCGUCACCAAAGCCGGUCGCUUCUUCAUCGGUGGCUCGGACUCAGAACCAUCUUGGAGUGAGCUGUCCUUGCCUGAAACCUUUUCUGGUACAUCGUUCUCGUAUGCGGUGGUUUCCAGUUCCCCUUCAGCAUCUGCGGCCUUCGUAGGAACUGCGGAGGGCCACAUCCUCGCCUACCAAACCUCCGACUCUCUGGGCUUGAGAUAUCUGGCAAAGGUUCAUGGCAAGGUAUCGGACAUAUUUCUUCUUUCAAACCCUCCCGCGGAAGAGCCUGCAACGAACACAAACAAAGCCACUGGCGGACUGGACGCUAGAACGUCCGGAGGAACUCUUUCCUUGCUCGUGACAGUACUUGGAAGCGAGAGCGCAGCCAUCAUUAGACUUAAUAGCUCUGGUGAUGCUAUCGAAACGAAAGAAACAGCCGUGCACCUGGAGAAAGGCUUCGUAGCUACGUCUGCCGCUCUGGCUGCGGAUACGUUAAUCCUCGGUUCAAGAAACGGCAUCAUCUCAAUCCUGCAACCCUCAGGCGAUGGAUCAUUUGAACCUAGAUGCUCUGUGAAGAAUCAGGUCAAAGAUUGUAUAACAUCAAUAAAUGUCUUGCCGCCGAAGCCUGGCGGCAGCGCAAAUGCCUUCCUCGCCACGAGCAGAGAUGGGAAGUAUAGGAUAUACAACAUACAGAGGGAUGAGGAAACCGUGGAGGCCUUGCUCGUUCACGAAACAUCUCCUCCAUUCGGGCCUAUGAUCGAAGGAGCUCGAUUCAAUACCAACCGCAACGGUAGUAUCGAUUUGAUCUUGUAUGGUUUUCGGAGCACAAAAUUCGUGGUCUGGAAUGAGGCGCAACGCCGAGAGGUUGCUGCGGUUGACUGUGGCGGUGGACACAGAACCUACGCCUUCAGCCCCUUACCAGGCCAUCCCGAUGGGUUUCGUCUGGCUUGGACCCAAGCCUCCCAGCUUUUCUUCUUCUCACAAACACACGCUGCUCACGGCAUCUUGAAGUCUGGGGGCCAUGGUCGCGAAUUGAAGGCCAUCAGCGCCUCGGGAGAUUUUGUCGCCACGGCCGCAGAGGACACUGCCAUAAGGCUCUGGAACUACGACUCUCAUCAAGAGCGCCUGGGUAAGGCUUUGCAAUGUCUGGCAGUGAUGGAGAACCACACCGCCGGCAUCCAGAGUAUGAAAUGGUACAGGCAAAGCCACCUAUUCAGCAGCGCCGGCAAUAAGGAGUUCUUCGUGUGGAGGAUCAGCCACCUUGAGUCGGCCUACCAAGGACUGGCAGUGAAAUGUGAGGCGGCCUACCCCGAUCGGACCGAAGAUAUCGACCUCCGCAUCAUGGAUUUCGACGUCCAUUGCCUCAAUGAAGACAAGCUGGACAGUGGUGACCCAACCUUCUUCAUCUCCAUGGCGCUCUCGAACUCUACGCUUCUGACGUAUACCUACUCCGAGAAGUCGGGGUUCGCACUUAUUGCCAGGGGCACUUACACCGGCGCCUGCAUGACCCAACUGCGCUUCAUCCACGUUGACGGCGCUGCCAUCCAGACCCUCACCGCCGCUACAGACGGCCACAUCACCCUCUGGGAGACCAAGCUGUCCCCCUUGUCCCAAGAGGCAGAGACGACACGUACCUCCGUCUCCAGGCUGCACCAGAGCACCAUCAAAUCCCUCGACCUACGCCGGGCCAGAGCAGCAGCCGACCCUGCGAGCCGGGCGCCGUCCUGCCUCGUCGCCACCGGCGGCGACGACGACGCCCUGGGCGUCAUGCACCUCGCCUGGGACGAGGCCGCGGGCCGCUACACAGUCGCGUCCAAGGCCGUCGUCCGGUCCGCGCACGCGGCCGCCGUGACCGGGCUCGCCAUCCUGGACGCCGCAGCCGGCGGCGACGACGACGACGACGAUGCCGUUGUGGUCACCUCGAGCAACGACCAGCGCGUCCGGCGGUGGCGGGUCGCAGGCUGGCGGGCACGGGGCCAGCAGCGGCCCCGGGUCGCACUGCUGGACAACCGGUACAGCUCGAUCGCGGACGCCGGCGACCUGGAGGCGCUGGGCGGCGGGCGGUUCGCGGUCGGCGGGGUUGGGCUGGAGGUGUGGCAUGUGGGUGGGGAGGCGCAGAAAGCUGGUGGUCUGAUAACGAUGAGAAAGGACGUCAUGACCAGUCAGACGAGAGAUGGCUAG